UUCCCCAGCUGCAUAUGUGAAAGCGAUUGUAAGUGUUUUGAGCAUCUGCUAAAUGAGGUUAAUUGACGCCUUUAAUGAAGCCGCUCCCACAGAGUUUACAUGUUGGGAAAUAUUCCAUCUUCCCACAGCUGAAGAAGCAGCAAACAGGAGGAAUUACUCCAGGAGAACCAACUGAAAUACUAUUGGAAAGAUGGAGUUUGAGGAAGAACACUGCAGAGUGAGAGAUGAAGAUACAGAGGAACAAACAGACUCAGUAGAAGUGAUUGAAGCCAAACACCAGCGGUUUCAAAAAGCUAAUUUCACAAAUGAAGAUGGAAACAUUGUUUCGCAGACAGAACUGAGCUUCACAUCAAAAAGUGCUCGAAAAACUGCUGGAAAAGGAUCUUUCGUCUGCACCGAGUGUGGAAGAGGUUUCAAUAAUAAACCAAACCUUAUGAGACACAUGAAAUUUCAUGCUGGAGAAAAACCGUUUACAUGCACUCAGUGUGGAAAGGGUUUUGUUCUGAAAGCAGGCUUGAAUAGACACUUGCAAAUUCACACUGGAGAAAGACCAUUUCCAUGCACUCAAUGUGGAAAGAGUUUCACAUCCAAAAGCUUUCUGAGGGAUCAUCUGCGCUCUCAUGCUGGAGUGAGAUCAUUUAGUUGUGAUCAGUGUGAUAAAACAUUUGUUUUUGAAGCAAACUUAAGAGAGCACCUUAAAAUUCAUGCUGGUGUGAAGCCUUACAUUUGCAGUUUUUGUGGAAAGAGGUUUUCGCUACUGAAAAACUUACAGCAUCACCAGAGUAUUCAUACUGGUGUGAAACAUUACAUGUGCUUUGACUGCGGGAAGACCUUUUGUACAUCCGGCAACUUAAAAAGACACCAGAGGAUUCACACUGGAGAGAAACCGUACAAGUGCUCACACUGCGGAAAGAGUUUUUCUCAUUCGCCAACCUUGAAAGAUCAUGAGAGAAUUCACACUGGAGAGAAGCCGUACCAGUGCUCUUUAUGCGGGAAGAGUUUCACCCGCUCCUCUAAUCUACAGGUUCAUAAGAAAACUCACACUGGAGACAAACCGUUCACAUGCACUCAGUGUGGACAGAGUUACACACAUAAAUCAAAACUCAAAAGACACAUGAGAGUUCACACUGGAGAGAAGCCGUAUACAUGCAAUCAGUGUGGAAACAGUUUCGCUUAUAAAGAUCACCUAACUAAUCACAUGAGACUUCACACUGGAGAAAAACCGUUUGCAUGUACUCAAUGUGGAAAGAGUUUCAGGUGCAAAAAUGUCCUCAAAGAACAUCUGCUGUAUCACGCUGGAGUGAGAUCAUUCAGCUGUGAUCAGUGUGACAAAACACUUAUCGUGGCAUCAAGCUUAAGAACACAUCUUAAAAUUCAUGCUGCUGUGAAGCCUUACUUUUGCGGUGUUUGUGGAAAGGGUUUUUCACGGUCGUACGCUUUAAAAGAUCAUGAAAGUGUUCAUACUGGUGUGAAACCUUAUAUGUGCUUUGACUGUGGAAAGACGUACGCUACAUUAAGCAUCUUAAAAACCCACCAGAGGAUUCACACUGGAGAGAGACCUUACAAGUGCUCAGAUUGUGGGAAGAAUUUCACUACCUCAUCCUCCUUGAAAAAUCAUGUGCGAGUUCACACUGGAGAGAAGCCGUACCAGUGCUCUUCAUGUGGGAAGAGUUUCACCAAAUCAGCUUUUGGUGAAGAACCCUGCAGAAUGAAAGACGAAGAUACAGAGGAACAAAUAGAUUCAAUUGGACUUAAGGAAGACGAGCAGCAUCAGUUUAAAACUGAAGAUGGAAAUGCAGUCAUUUCACAGACUGAACAAAAUUUCACACAAAAACAAGCUGGAAAAAGUUUCAGACAGAAAUCAAACCGUGACAGACACAUGAGAGUUCACAUUGGAGAGGCCACAUGCACUCAGUGCGGAAAGUGUUUCUUUGUUAAAGAAGAACUAAAUGUGCACAUAAGAAUUCACACUGGGGAAAGACCAUUCACAUGCACUCGGUGUGGAAAGGGUUUCAGUGAGAAAUCAAAGUUUGAGAGACACAUGAGAUGUCACAUUGGAGAGAAGCCUUUUACAUGCACUCAAUGUGGAAAAAGAUUCAAUCAGAAAUCAAACCGUGAUAGACACAUGAGUUAUCACACUGGAGAAAAGCCUUAUACAUGCACUCAGUUUGGAAAGGGUGACUUUGUUGAAGAAGAACUAAAUGUGCACAUGCAAAUUCAACAAACAGAUUCAGUGGGACUGGAGGAAGACAAGCAGCGUCAGUUUGAAAAACCUCAUCAUUUUAAAAAUGAAGAUGAAAAUGCAGUCAUUGCACAGACUGAAGAGAAUUUCACACCAAAACAAGCUGGAAAAACUGGAGCCAAAAGAUCUUUCACAUGCACUCUGUGUGGAAGGAGUUUUAACCGUGCAUCAAACCUUAAAAGGCACAUGAAAGUCCACAUUGGAGAGAAGCCUUAUGCAUGCACUCAGUGUGGAGAGCGUUUCUUUGGCAAAGAAGAACUAAAUGUGCACAUGAGAAUUCAUACUAGGGAAAAAACGUUCACAUGUACUCGGUGUGGGAGGAGUUUCAACCGUGCAUCAAACCUUAAAAGACACAUGAAAGUCCACAUUCGAGAGAAGCCCUGUGCAUGCACUCAGUGUGGAAAGAGUUUCUUUGUCAAAGAAGAACUAAAUGUGCACAUGAGAAUUCAUACUGGGGGAAGAUCUUUCACAUGCUCUCGGUGUGGGAGGAGUUUUAACCAUGCAUCAAGCCUUAAAAGGCACAUGAAAGUUCACAUUGGAGAGAAGCCUUAUACAUGCACUCAGUGUGGAGAGGGUUUCUUUGGCAAAGAAGAACUAAAUGUGCACAUAAGAAUUCAUACUAGGGAAAAAACGUUCACAUGCACUCAGUGUGGGAGGACUUUCAACCGUGCAUCAAACCUUAAAAGGCACAUGAAAGUUCACAUUGGAGAGAAGCCUUAUACAUGCACUCAGUGUGGAGAGGGUUUCUUUGUCAAAGAAGAACUAAAUGUGCACAUGAGAAUUCAUACUAGGAAAAAAACAUUCACAUGCACUCAGUGUGGGAGGAGUUUCAACCGUGCAUCAGACCUUAAAAGGCACAUGAAAGUUCACAUUCGAGAGAAGCCUUAUACAUGUACUCAGUGUGGAGAGGGUUUCUUUGGCAAAGAAGAACUAAAUGUGCACAUGAGAAUUCAUACUGGGGGAAGAUCUUUCACAUGCACUCGGUGUGGGAGGAGUUUCAACCGUGCAUCAAACCUCAAAAGACACAUGAAAGUCCACAUUAGAGAGAAGCCUUAUACACGCACUCAGUUUGGAAGGGGUGUCUUUGUAAAAGAACUACUAAAUGUGCACAUGAGAAUUCAACAAAGAGAAUGUACCAGACACAUGAAAUGUCACACUGGAGAGAAGCCUUAUACAUGCACUCAGUGUGGAAAGAGUUUCAGUCAGAAAACAAACCUUAACAGACACUUGAGCUAUCACACUAGACAGAAGCCUUAUACAUGCACUGAGUAUGGAAAGCAUGUUUUUGUCAAAGAAGAACAAACAGAUUCCAUGGGACUGAAAGAAGCCGAGCAGCAUCAGUUUGAAAAACCUCAUCAUUUUAAAAAUGAAAAUGGAAAUGCAAUCAGUGCACAGACUGAACAAAAUUGCCCACAAAAACAAGCUGGAAAAACUGGAGUUAAAAGAUCUUUAACAUGCACUCAGUGUGGGAAGAAUUUCAACCAUGCAUCAAACCUUAAGAGACACAUGAGAUCUCACACUGGAGAGAAGCCUUAUACAUGCACCCAGUGUGGAAAGAGUUUCAGUGUUAAAGGAGAACUUACAAAGCACAUGAGAAUUCAUACUGGAGAAAGACCGUUCACAUGCACUCAGUGUGGGAAGAGUUUUACAUCUAGAAGUGUCCUGAAAAAACAUCAGCUUUCUCACUCUGGAGUGAGAUCAUUCAGCUGCGAUCAGUGUGAUAAAUCAUUUGUUUUGGAAACAUACUUAAAAAAACAUCUUAAACUUCAUACCGGUGUAAAGCGUCACCUUUGCACUAUUUGUGGAAAGAGUUUUACACAACUGAACAGUUUACGAGUUCAUAAGAUUAUUCAUACUGGUGUGAGACCUCAUGUGUGCGCUGAAUGUGGAAAGACCUUUCUUACGUCUAGUGACAUAAAAAAACACCUGAGGAUUCACACUGGAGAGAAACCGUACAAGUGCUCACGCUGUGGAAGGAGUUUUGCUGAGUCAUCAUCCUUGAAAAAUCAUGAGAGAAGUCAUACUGGAGAAAAGCAGUACCGGUGCUCUUCAUGCGGGAGGGGUUUCACCCGCUCACAUACUCUCAUAAAACAUAAGAUAAUGCAUUGCCCACAGUUGUCUAAGCCACAUUCAAAGCCUUCACUUUCAAGUAAAUAAUUCAAUAUUCAGAUGAAGCAAACAUUGGUUGAAAUAAUCUAAUACAAAAUCUGAGAAAUACAAAACUGAAUUUUACAUUUUUAAGGGCAUUCCUUUAUCUAAAAAUGGCAGCAGAUGUUUUUCUAUUUAUAUUUCAAAAGUGAUUCUUUUCAUAUUAUGAACUCUUAAAUCCACACUGUGGACCACACACACUGAGAGAAGAUCAGAAUUCUUGGGAAAAGUGAAUUCUGUGUUUUGACAAGGACAUGGUAUGUUUUUGAAAGUUGUAUUGAAAAGUGUAGUGCUGCAAAAAAGAAAAGAUUUUUUUUUUCUUUAUGGAGUUUUUGUUUUCAUUAACUGUGUACUCGAACAAAUCGAAAAUAUGCCUUGAAAGCAUGUUGAAUCACACUUUUUCUUUUGCAUUUAAAGAAAUAGCCUGUUCAUUUUUAGACCAAGAGAAAUAAGGAGGAAAAAAUGUAUGUGACUUAAAACGUACUUGUUUACAGGAAACCAAGGGGUUACCCUUAUAGAAGAACCACAUGUAAUCAUGUGCGUCAUCUCCUGUUUGAAAUACAGUGCUAAUAAAACUAAAACUGCACUAUGUUUUUCAGUUCAAAUUUGUUUACCACGAGAGAUGAAAAAACUGGUUAUGAAAGCUGGAUGCGAUGAACAUGCAGUGUCUGUGGCAAUGCAGUUAAAGAUAACUUUUUUUUUGUCUUGAUUCUACAUCAUCAUCUGAAGCAGAUUCUGUGUAGUCUCAUCAUCAGAAUAAUUCAGCAUACUUGUAUUAAGUGAACAUUGACAGUACCACAGAUUUAACUAUAGAUGGCAAGUUGAGAGCCUAUCAUUUGUUAUUAUAUAACCGUUUAAUUAAUUGUGCAGUGUGUUUUGUUAGCAAAUGGUAAAAUCAUGUUAAAAUAUGAGUAUCAGUUAUGAUCAUCAGGCUUUUAAGGACUGUUAAUAGUUCAUCUCUCAAUCAUCAUUGUAUUGCAAUGCACUGUGUUUUACAGAGCUUUGUUUGUAAAACA